AUGUCGCUCCGAGUCCAGUGGCCCGACGUGUCCGGCACCAAGCAAAAGGCCCUUGAAGAUGCAAAGAAGAUGCAAAAUGCCGUCCUUGAGAGCUGCACAAAGGCCGGCAAGGAACCCCCGCAGUAUCAGCUGCAAGAGCUCGUCGGCAAGGGCAGCUUCGGCAGGGUCUACAAGGCAACGUCCACCAAGACCGGGCGGCUGGUCGCCGUCAAGAUCAUCGACAUCGAGGAGAGCGAUACUCUGAACCCUAAGCUCGCAGACACGUACAGUGAUCUGCUCAAGGAAAUCAACGCCCUGCAGCUGCUGAGCGACAGCGGCGCCAAGAACAUCAACCAUGUCAUCGAGGCGUUGCCGGUCGGCCAGUCCAUGUGGAUGGUGACCGAGUAUUGCGCCGGCGGCAGCGUUGCGACGCUCAUGAGGCCAACAGCCCCCGGUGGAUUGCAGGAGAAAUGGAUCAUUCCCAUUGUGCGUGAGGUUGCCGAGGCCAUUCACUGGGUGCACGGCGCAGGCAUCAUCCAUCGCGAUCUCAAGUGCGCCAAUGUCCUCGUCACCGAGACCGGCGAUGUCCAGCUCUGCGACUUUGGCGUUGCUGGUGUGAUUGAGACAAAGGUCGACAAGCGGACAACAUUCAUCGGCACCCCACACUGGAUGGCCCCCGAGCUGUUCGACAAGGAGGCGGCCUAUGGAACAGAGGUCGAUAUCUGGGCGUUCGGCGCCAUGGUGUACGAGAUUGCAUCAGGCCUGCCGCCUAAUGUUACCGAUGGCAUCGAUUUCGCGAGGCUGGGAACCCAUUUGAAGAACCAUACACCUCGACUCGAAGGUGAUCAAUACUCGGCGGGCCUAAAAGACUUGGUGGCGUACUGCCUUCAGCACGACGCCUCAGACCGGCCCACGAUUGAGCAAGUACAACAGCAUAGAUACAUCCAGGGCACAGAGGCAUCGCACCCGACAUCCUCACUCGUUCACCUGGUUCGAGCCUUUAAACUGUGGGAGGCGCAGGGAGGGGACCGACGGUCGCUCUUCUCAGCUGGCGGCGCCCAGGGCCUGGCUGACCUCUCCAUCGCCAUCUCCAACGACGAGUGGAAUUUCAGUACGACUGCAGCGUUCGACCAGCAGGUCCUCGACCAGGGCGACGCUCAAGAUGUCUACGAUGUAUAUGGAUCCAAGGUGGACUUCACUCCCGAGGGCUAUGACGAGACUUCUCGCCCACCAAAGCCCAAAGGCCGGAGGAGGCCACCCCCUCAUCUACCUUCGGUCAAGGCACCCCUCGAGAAGAUCUUCGAUCCCAAUACAAUGUCCACAUACGAAGAGAACUCGAGAGCUUACUAUAGCCAGCCGUUUCAGGCUCCCAUCUCAGACCUGCCUCUUCGAGACGAGAGCUCACAGCCGCCGGAUGUGAGGGAGUCCCUCAUCGACCUCGAUGUAUCGCUGCAUGGGGGAGAACUGUCGCAGUUUGUCGACAUGGACACCAUCAAGGCCAGUGAUUCGCAUGCAUCGGUGGACUACGGGUUCGACGAUCCAAGCUUCAUCAAUGGCCCGAUGAGCGACCCGAUCGAUCUGAAAGACAACAGGCGCACGCAGGAUUGGAAGUUCCCCUCAAUGGCCGCCACAACGACUGCAAGCCACCAGGACUUCAAAUUCCCCUUCACCAACAGCGUCGCCCCGUCGGACGAUGGUCGACCUCAACUCCCCCAUCACGUCUCCGAGCCAAACCAACGGACGGCCAGUUUCAGCGAGCUUGCACCGACUCCCUCGGAUGAUCAUCGCGCAUCUGUGGGCAGCUUGAUAGAUCUCGACAUGAGCUUUGCCGACUCAUCAACGGACUUCACCCGCCCCUCGACCUCUUAUUCCGACGUUGGAUCCAUCAGCGGCUCAGAGAUAGGUGGCACAAACCCCUUUGAGCUGGAAAAGCACGCCUCGCUCUACGUCAUGAAUGCUACGAAUCGAGAACCCUCAAUUUACAUCUCGGACGAGUCGGAGUAUGCGCACGUCAUCACGAGCAUCCCGGACCUCUCGCUCGAUGACGAGGCAAAGCACGAUGAAUCCCACAUCAGCAAAGAGUCCAACGUCUCAGCGUUCAGCGAAGGCCGGCCCUAUUCCCUGAGCGACUUUGCCGACAUGGAUCCCGAGCUGCCUCCCGAGCCGGCCCCUGCUCCCAGCACGCCCCAGCAUGCGCCGUCGCUGCGAGAAUACUCGCCGAAGAGCCGGUCUCCGCAGAGCACGUCCUCGCCUGUUCGGCGUCCUCGUCCUCCCACGCACCAGCUUGACGCUCUUCUUCCUCCGCUGCCGGCUGGCCCCUUGCCACAGGUCAUGCUUGGACAAGCUUCUCCCGAGGAGGUCCGGAGCGAGCUGCGGCGUUUGGCUAUGAGCCUUGGCGAUCACUUGACGACUGUCAAUGCGUAUAUAUCUACCUUGCCCGUGCGGAGGAAGAGCACGCAUGCGCAGUACUCGCUGGAUCCAGAGGGUGGUGCGAUUUAG